CAGUCUGCAGGAAUCAGACUCAGCUCUGUACUUUCCAAGCAAAAUCAGGAUUACUGCACCCCGGCUGAAGAAAGAAUCUAAAAACAUGCUGUUACAGCUCGCAGCCCUUUUAAUUUUAGGGGCAUGGGGUCUCGCAGAUGUGCCUGAGCUGGGAGAUGUUUGCACAGAGGGGAGCUGUUAUCCUGCCACAGGAGAUCUUCUCAUUGGAAGAGCACACCAACUCUCGGCCACCUCCACAUGCGGACACCAGAAACCUGAGCCUUUUUGUAUCGUCAGUCAUUUGCAGGAAGAGAAGAAGUGCUUUGUGUGCGAUUCCAGGGGAACCUACGAUGAAAGCACGCACCAAGUAACCAGCCACAGAAUCGAAAAUGUCGUGACUACGUUCGCCCCGAACCGCCUCAAGACUUGGUGGCAGUCAGAAAAUGGCCUGGAGAACGUCACAAUCCAGUUGAACCUGGAGGCAGAGUUCCACUUCACCCACCUCAUCAUGACCUUUAGAACAUUCAGACCUGCUGCUAUGGUGAUCGAACGGUCGUCAGACUUCGGGAAGACUUGGCAAGUGUACCGUUACUUCGCCUAUGACUGUGAGACCUCCUUCCCCUUCGUCUCUCAAGGACCCAUGACCAAAGUGGACGAUGUUAUCUGCGAUUCCCGCUACUCCGACAUUGAACCCUCAACUGAGGGUGAGGCCAUCUUUAGGGUUUUGGAUCCAGCCUUCAGGAUUGAUGAUCCCUACAGCCCCAGAAUUCAAAACAUGUUAAAGAUCACUAAUCUGAGGGUGAAGUUCACUAAGCUGCAUACUCUCGGGGACAAUCUUCUGGACUCACGUAUAGAGAUCAAGGAGAAGUACUACUAUGCGAUUUAUGACAUGGUGGUGAGAGGAAACUGUUUUUGCUAUGGUCACGCAUCCGAAUGCGCCCCCAUUGAUGGAGCUGGAGAGGUCAUGGAUGGCAUGGUCCAUGGCCAUUGUAUGUGUAAUCAUAACACCAUGGGGCUGAACUGUGAGCGCUGUCAGGACUUUUACCAUGACCUGCCCUGGAGACCCGCGGAGGGACGCAACACCAACGCCUGUAAAAAGUGUAACUGCAAUCAUCACUCUGAUUCCUGUCAUUUCGACAUGGCCGUGUAUCGGGCCUCGGGUAACGUGAGCGGCGGCGUGUGCGACGACUGCAAACACAACACCAUGGGUCACAAGUGUGAGCAGUGUAAGCCCUUCUUCUACCAGCAUCCGGAGAAAGACAUCCGCGACCCCAACAUCUGCGAGUCCUGUAACUGUGAUCCGGUCGGCUCUCUCGACGGUGGAGUGUGUGAUCCGCUGACAGACGUGUCUCUUGGGCUGAUCGCGGGUCAGUGUCGCUGUAAGCCUAAUGUGGAGGGUGAGCGCUGUGACCAGUGCAAACAGGGCCAUUACGGACUCAGCGACGACCCUCUGGGAUGCCAGCCAUGCACAUGCAAUGCUUUGGGGACGGUUCCAGGUGGAAGUCCAUGUGAUACAGACUCAGGAAACUGCUACUGUAAACGUCUGGUUACCGGAAGGAACUGUGACCAGUGUCUGCCUCAGCACUGGGGUCUCAGUAACGACAUGGAUGGCUGCAGACCAUGUGACUGUGAUCAUGGUGGUGCAAUCAACAACAAUUGCUCUGCAGAAACGGGUCAGUGUCAGUGUCGCGAGCACAUGUUUGGCAGACGCUGCGACCAGGUGGAAUCUGGUUUUUACUUCAUCGCUCUGGACCACUACACUUAUGAAGCUGAGGACGCCAAGUUUGGACCUGGUGUGACGGUUGUCCCGAGACCCCAGCCUCAGGACAGAUCCCCUACUUGGACUGGCAUUGGCUUUGUGAACGUUCCUGAAGGUGCCUAUCUUGAGUUCAGCAUCGACAACAUCCCCUACUCUAUGGAGUAUGACAUUAUCAUCCGAUAUGAGCCUCAGCUGCCAGAGCAGUGGGAGGAAGUGUUGAUGACUGUCAUCAGGCCUCGCGUCAUUACCGCCGACAGCCGCUGUGCAAACACAAUGCCUGACGAUGACAACCAGGUGGUGUCUCUGCAUCCCGGAUCCAGGUAUGUGGUGCUGUCUAGGCCUGUGUGUUUUGAAGAGGGCUUGAACUACACCGUGCGCUUGAGUCUGUCUCGCUACUCGGCUCUCAGCGAUGUGCAGUCACCAUACACGCUCAUCGACUCGAUCGUCGUCAUGCCACACUGCAAAAACCUGGAUAUUUUCUCUGGCUCUGGGUCAGAGGGUGGAGACAUGGUGACCAACAGUGCCUGGGAAACCUUCCAGCGCUACCGCUGUUUGGAGAACAGCCAAGCAGUGGUGAAAACCCCCAUGACUGAUAUCUGCAGGAAUUACAUCUUCAGUGUGUCGGCUUUUCUGCACCAGGGAGUUAAAGCCUGUCAGUGUGACCCGCAGGGGUCUCUCAGCACGGUUUGUGACCCGAGUGGUGGCCAGUGCCAGUGUCGGCGCAACGUGGUUGGCAGGAACUGCGACAAAUGCGCCCCAGCGACCUUCCUUUUUGGGCCGCAAGGCUGCAGGCCAUGUGAUUGCAGUCCUGAGGGGUCUGUCCACUCCUUCUGCCACGAGGCCAGCGGUCAGUGCGAGUGUAUUCCCGGAGCGUAUGGGCGGCAGUGCGACCGCUGUCUGCCGGGAUACUGGGGAUUCCCUAACUGUCGCCCCUGCACUUGCAAUGGCCACGCUGAGCAGUGCGACCUGCUCACGGGACAGUGUCUGUCCUGCAGGGACCACACCACUGGACACCACUGCGAGAGGUGUUUGAAUGGCUACUAUGGUGACCCCGUCCUGGGCUCUGGAGACCACUGCCGCCCCUGCAUGUGUCCGGACGGUCCCGGCAGCGGAAGACAGUUCUCCGGCGCGUGUUAUAAGAGCCUCGACUCCAACCAGGUGUUCUGCGUCUGCAACCAGGGAUAUAAAGGUGCCAGGUGUGAAGAAUGCGCCCCUGGUUAUUACGGAAACCCACAUGAGGUGGGCGGAGAAUGCCGGUCCUGUCAGUGCAACAACAACAUCGACAUGACGGACCCGGAGUCCUGUGACGCCCGAUUGGGCGCUUGUCUCAAAUGCCUGUACCACACCGAGGGCGAGAGCUGCAACCGCUGCAAGCUCGGUUAUCACGGCAAUGCACUGACCCAGAGCUGCAGAACAUGUGAUUGUGACCCAAGAGGCAUCGCGGAGCAGCAGUGCAACAAGGUCACAGGUCACUGCGUUUGCGUGGAAGGUGUUUCCGGGCCUCGAUGUGACACAUGCGCUCGAGGCUACACGGGCGAGUUCCCACACUGCGAGCGCUGCCACCAGUGCUUCGCCGAAUGGGAUGUAAUUGUGGGCGACCUCACCAACCAGACCCACAGACUGGUCCAGAAAGUCAAUACCAUCAAAGCCACCGGCAUUACGGGACCCUACCAGGCCACCAUCAAUAAUGUCGAAAGCAGCGCCAACUCGAUCCGCAACAUCCUGGCCCAGAAUCCAGCCACUCAGCCUCUAACGGAGAUCCAAGGACUUCUCGAACAAGCAACUGCCUUGAUGGCUGAAAUGAACACCAACCUUAACCUGACAGAGGAGACCUUGUCCGAGAUCUCAUCCGACAACAACAGCACGGACACCAAACUGAAGUCCCUCAAAGAAGCAGCUCAGAAACUGGAACAGACGGUGAAGGACCUUCAGAAGCAGGUGGAGUUUGUGAAGAAUUCAGACAUUCGAGGGGCCAGAGCCAGCGUGACUCGAUACUAUGAGCAGUCCCAGAUGGCAGAGAUCCGUGCGAAUGCCUCCACCAUUGACCCAGACAACCUGGUCAAUCAGUCUGCCACCCUGCGGACAGAAACGGAGGACUUGAUGAACCAGACCAAAGAAGAGUUCAUUCAACGGCAGAAUGAGUUUGCGAAGAAACUGGACAACCUCGCUGGACAGCUGGAGACUCUGGACCUGACUGAUCUUAGCGAGAAGACAUGUGGCAGUCCAGCUGGCUCAGAGAACUGUGCCGACUCUCCCUGCGGAGGCCUGAGCUGUGUGGAUGGGGAAGGAAACAGGAAGUGUGGAGGAGAGGGAUGUGAUAGCCUCGCCACGCUGGCCCACAAUGCCUGGCAGAAAGCCAAGGACUUUGACCUGGAGAUUAUCAGCGCUAUGGAGGAAGUGGACAAGCUCUCCAAAAUGGUGUCAGAGGCAAAGGUAAAAGCAGAUGAAGCAAAGCUUAAUGCUCAAGAAGUGCUGGCAAAAACCAAUGAGACCAAAAAGCGUGUGGAUGGAAGCAACGAGGAGCUACGCCAACUCAUCAAACAGAUCCGAGACUUCCUCACUCAAGAUGGAGCGGACCUGGAAAGCAUCGAGGCUGUGGCCAAUGAAGUUCUGCAGAUGCAGAUGCCCACCACUCCAGCCCAGCUGCAGAACCUGACCGCAGAGAUCAGGGAGCGCGUGGGCAGCUUGACAGAAGUCGAGGACAUCCUCAACCAGAGUGCCGCUGACAUACUGAGAGCAGAAAGCCUGCUGGAACAAGCCCGCAAGGCCAGGAAGGAGGCGACAGAUGUGAAAGACACAGCUGAGAUGGUGAAGGAGGCCUUGCAGCAGGCUGAGCGCGCCCAGAGUUCAGUAACCGAGGCACUGAAACAGGCCACUGCUGAUAUCAAGGGAACGCAAGACUUGCUGGUCUCGGUGGAGUCUGAGACGUCCGACUCGGAGCUAAAACUGAGUAACGCCACCCGAAGGCUCCUGAAGUUGGAAAGCGAUGUAGUUCUGCUGAAAGAAAAGGCUCUCAACACCUCCACCAGUGUCAACAGCACAGAGAAAGAGGCUGAUAGCAUCAUCGCACUGGCUGAGCAGAUCAAAAAGGAUCUGGAUUCAGAGCUGAAGGACAAGUACAGUAGUGUCGAGGAGCUGAUCACACAGAAGGCCGAAGGAGUGGCAGAGGCCAAGAAAAGAGCAGAGAAACUCCAACAGGAAGCCAAAAAUCUGCUGCUACAGGCCAGCGACAAACUUCAGCUUCUGAAAAAUCUUGAGAAGGGCUAUGAUGAAAAUCAGAAGCUGCUGGAGGACAAGGCCAAUGAGCUUGUGGAUCUGGAGAAGGCUGUGAAAGAACUGCUUCAGGAGAUCAGUCACAAAGUCACCGUCUACAGCACCUGUCUGUUUUAACGCUACUACUGACUGCUUUAGGAAAAUAUAUUAAAUUACCUUCUAUGUGGAAUCCCUGAGAAGGUUUUGUGAGUUUUACAUCUGUUACAGCUACAGUUUUACCCAUACGUUUAUAUUUGAUCACUGUAUGAAAGGGUGUCACACACUUUUAUGAACACAAGAGAAUGUAAUGUGGAUUUUAAAACAUAGCAGACCAAAGAGUGAAUGUAAGAUAUGCCCAACAUAACUAUGAGACUGCAGUUACAUUGACCUCAUUGUUUCAACUUUAGAUUAAAGUUAAAAUAAAAAAUAAAAUAAUAUAAAUGUGAUUUUUUUUGGUUACUGAUAUCUGGACCAACAUGAAAAUUCAAUCAGAAUAAACUCAAGUUAGUAAUACAGUGUGAAACUGUGUCAUUGUUACAGUGUGAAUUUGUCUCAUGUUAAUAAAAUACAAUCUGAGGAAAUCAAUCAACCUGAGGUUUCAUCUUAUCCAGAUAGAAAUAUGUUACCCAUUCUCAAUGGGAAAG